GGCGUUUCCCUAGUAAAGGUGAGAAUGGGAUUGUUUUCUUUUAAAUUUAAUUUGCUUGAACAGAACAUAUUCUCUGCAGAUUCUGGUUGUGCAUUUGUCCAUCGAUAUAACGCUUUGGGUAAAGCAUGGGAAGCAAGUUAUUCCCAGCAGUACAAAUGGGGCGGCUGUUGUGAAUCCAAAUGACUUCAUCCCCUAAACUCCGCCCCACACUACUCACCACUUUCUUUGCAUAUAUAUAUAUAUAUAUAUGUAUAUAUACCCUCUCACUCUCUCCCUCAAACUCACAAACCUUCACCAAGUUGUCUGGGACUUUGCCGUUAUUUAAAAGAAGAAAAAACAAUGUCGGAUUGGGGACCUGUUUUUGUGGCAAUGGUGUUGUUCGUGCUGCUAACCCCAGGGCUGUUGUUUCAGGUUCCAGGGCACCAUAGGUGCGUGGAGUUUGGGAAUUUUAAGACAAGUGGUGCUUCGGUUCUGAUCCAUUCUCUGCUGUAUUUUGGGCUCAUUUGUGUCUUCUUGCUUGCUGUUAAGGUUCACUUGUAUCUAGGUUGAUCAUGCAUUAUCUGAUUCAGGAUGUUAGGAAGUAUUUAUAAACUUGUUCUGCUUGCUUCGUGUUCUAA